UUGGGUCUUACUAACAUUAACUCACCCUUCCUCAUAGGCUCCACCAUCCAAGACACCUUCCCCCUUACCAUCCCCGAAUGGAGAGAUGCCCAGGAAUCCGGGGACGGCCUUUUCCGACUUUUGGCCCUCCGCGAAUCUGAAGCCAGAUUGAACUCCAACGCCUGGAUCGCCCUGGCUACGCCAACCCAGAUCGAGCAACAAUGGGCUUAUGCCGAAUCCCUGCGCUCAUCCGGUGCUACUCUACCACUCUUCGGUGUCCCCUUUGCCGCAAAGGAUAAUAUCGACGUCGCCAGCUUUCCCACAACCGCCGGCUGCCCCAGCUUCGCAAACGGUCCCGUCGACAAGGAUGCCACCGUCAUCGCCUGCCUAAAGGCCGCCGGUGCUAUCGUGCUUGGCAAAACCAACCUCGACCAGUUCGCCACCGGCCUCGUGGGCACCAGGUCUCCGUAUGGUCCUGUUGGCAAUUCAUUUGAUCCCACCAAGGUCAGUGGCGGAUCGAGUUCCGGCAGCGCCGUCGUCGUUGCCAGGGGAGUCGUCCCCUUUUCUCUGGGGACUGACACCGCUGGCAGUGGCAGAGUGCCUGCAGGACUGAACAACAUUGUCGGCUUGAAGCCAACUAGGGGCGCUCUGAGCACGACGAGAGUGGUGCCUGCUUGUCGGAGCCUUGACUGCGUGUCCAUCUUCGCGCUGACGGUCAACGAUGCCGAGACGGUGCUGUCCGCUGCUGAGGGCUUCGACACAGAAGACUCCUUCUCCAGGACAAGGCCAGGCAUCGUAGGAUGUUCCGAAGGUCGGCGGAUGGCUGUCUGUGAUAACCCUCCCUGGUUUGGCAAGACAGAGCAAGUUGCCGCGUACGCCAAAGCCUUGGCGAAAGCGAAGGCUUUGGGAUGGGUGCUUGAGCCUAGAGACUUCUCUCCUCUGUUCAAGCUGGCAAGUCUCUUGUAUGAAGGCCCGUGGGUUGCCGAGCGCUAUGCGGCGAUCAAGGACUUCAUUGAGGCCCAUGACGGUGACAUGGAUCCCACCGUAAGAGAGAUCAUCCUCAAGGCGCGGGACUUCGAUGCUGCAGAUCUCUUCGCUUCAGAGUACCUCCGUCAAGACCUGACCCGCGAGAUCCAAGACCGCUUUGACCAGUUCGAUGCCAUUCUGGUACCCACAGCGCCGACAUUUCCAUCCAUCGAGGACCUGGCCCGGGAGCCUAUCAAAGAGAACGCCUACCUGGGCACUUACACCAACUUUGUCAAUUUCAUGGAUUGGACCGCCCUCUCGAUUCCCGCUGGGUUUCGAGCGGAUGGGUUGCCGUUUGGUGUCACCCUGAUUUCUUCCACCUGGGAGGAGCCCAAGCUGCUCAAGUUUGCUCGAGAAUGGCUAUCCACGUCCCCUCGUCCUCUUGGAGCGACCAAGAUCGAAAGACUGGAGACGUUGAAAUCUGACUCCGUCGCCGCUGGCGAGCCGAAGACGACUCGUCUUGUGGUGGUAGGUGCUCACCUGACGGGGUUCCCCUUAAACAAAGACCUGACGUCUCGAGGAGCAACACUAGAGACGGCGACGACGACCUCACCCAACUACAAGUUUUAUUCUCUCAUCACCGACGGAAAAGUAAGAAAGCCAGGCCUCAAGCGUGUCCCGUCCGGUGGUCGCGCCAUCCAGGUCGAGGUCUGGAGCUUGCCCACCUCGGAGAUGUCCAGCUUCAUGAAGACAGUAUCUUCACCUCUGGGUAUUGGUUCCGUUGAGCUUGAAGACGGAUCUUGGGCUCCCGGGUUCGUCUGCGAGCCUUAUGGUCUGGAGGAUGCGACCGACAUCACAUCGUUUGGGGGCUGGCGUGCUUUCAUUCAGUCCCUCAAUUCUGCAUCUUCGACCAAGGGAGCAGAACUUGGCGGCGCACCCUCAAAAAUCAGCGGUAUUAAAUCUGUUCUUAUAGCCAAUCGUGGAGAAAUUGCCGUCCGCAUUAUUCGAACCCUUCAUCGUCUCGGCUUGAAGGCCAUCACCAUUCACUCCUCUGCCGACGCACGAUCCCCACACGUACGCAACGCCGACAUCUCUCUUCCUUUGGAGGGCGCCUCUGUCUCCGAGACCUACCUCAACGGCCCGCAAAUCAUCUCUCUGGCAAAAAGUGUCGGCGCAGAAGCAAUCAUCCCGGGCUAUGGCUUCUUGGCCGAGAAUGCCGACUUCGCCUCCGCCGUCGAAGCCGAAGGCAUUAUUUGGAUCGGUCCCACUGCCGAUCAAAUGCGGCAACUGGGAUUGAAGCACCUCGCUCGCGAUGUUGCCAUCAAUGCAGGUGUUCCCAUCGUUCCGGGAAGCAAGAACCUCUUGAGGAGUAUCGAGGAGGCCGUGACAGAGGCUGAGCGCAUCAGUUAUCCGGUGAUGCUGAAGAGCACUGCUGGCGGCGGCGGCAUUGGCUUGAAGCGUUGCGACGACUCUGUGUCUCUCAUCGAGGCAUUCGAGAGUGUUCAGAGGCUCGCUCAGGCCAACUUUGGCGACGCAGGCAUGUUUGUCGAGCACUUCAUCCAGCGCGCACGCCAUAUCGAGGUGCAAGUAAUUGGCGAUGGCAAGGGCACUGUCACUUCCGCUGGCGAACGCGAUUGUUCACUCCAGCGACGGAACCAGAAGGUCAUCGAAGAGAGCCCGGCUGAGUUUAUUCCAGCUGAGGUACGGGCAAGAAUGCACAAGGCCGCUGUCGACCUCGCCUCGGCGGUGAAGUAUCGCAACGUCGGCACCAUCGAGUUCAUCUACGAUGUCGACGCCAACGAGUUCUACUUUCUGGAGGUCAACACCCGGCUGCAGGUUGAGCAUCCUGUGACGGAGUCUGUGACGGGGCUGGACUUGGUCGAGUGCAUGAUCCGAGUAGCGUCUGGGGACAGCGAAAGCAUCUUCAAGGGCCAGGCGACGGGUUUCGAGGUGAAGGGCAACUCCAUCGAAGUGCGUGUCUACGCCGAGAGCCCUCUUCAGAACUUCCGACCUUGCCCGGGCCGCAUUCUGGAUGUCUCAUUUCCGGACGACGUGCGCGUCGACACUUGGGUCGAGGCCGGCAUGGACAUGUCUUCGUCUUAUGAUCCUCUUGUGGCCAAGAUCAUCGCCACUGGUGCAAACAGAACAGAGGCCAUCACGAAGCUGGCCAUAGCACUCGACAACACGGUGAUCACUGGAGUGGAGACCAAUUUGGAAUAUCUGCGAAGCAUUGUGGACUCCGAAAUAUUCAACUCUGGCGAUUUCACGACGACGUCGCUCAACAGUUUUGAGUUCGAUGCGAACCUGGUCGAGGUUGUCGAUCCUGGCACCCUCACUGCGGUCCAAGACUACCCCGGCCGCAGGGGCUUGUGGCACGUUGGUGUUCCGCCAUCAGGACCUUUCGAUGACUACUCCCUCAGACUCGGUAACAGACUCGUUGGUAACGAUUCUCGCGCCGCCAGUCUGGAGUGCACCGUUCAAGGGCCCAGUCUCCUCUUUCACUCUGAUGCCUUCGUCGCCAUCACCGGCGCACCUGCCGAGGUCACAUUGAACAACAAGUCCGUCCAACAGAACAAGGCAAUCAGUGUUGGUAAGGGGGAAACGCUCGUCGUUGGCGCCCCAACAUCUGGUUACCGAACCUACAUCGCCAUCCGUGGCGGGCUUGAUGUUCCCGAGAUCUUUGGUUCCCGCUCAACCUUUGCAUUGGGACAGGUAGGAGGUCACAAUGGUCGGAACCUACGCGCCGGUGACCUUCUCCCGAUAGGUAGCAUGACCUCAAGCGCCGUGUCUGAGGUUGUCGGUCCUGACAUACCGCUUCCGCCUACGAAUGGUGUUUGGACACUUGGCGUUGUCCCCGGUCAGCACUCCGCCCCCGAACACUUCACUCAGGCCGGCCUGGAUACUUUAUUCAGCGGCGAGUGGGUUGUUCACUACAAUAGCAAUCGUGUCGGAAUACGUCUUGACGGCCCCAAGCCUCAAUGGGCCAGGCCCACCGGCGGCGAAGCUGGCUUGCACCCAUCCAACAUCCACGACAGUCCUUACUCCGUCGGCAGCGUCAGCUUCACAGGCGACGAAGCAGUCAUUCUCACCUGUGAUGGCCCCAGCCUAGGCGGCUUCGUCGUCUUCUGUGUCGUUGCCUCGGCUGAGAUGUGGAAGCUCGGCCAGCUCCGUCCAGGCGACAGAGUGAAGCUCAAGCCCAUCAGCGUUGAUGCAGCACUUGCCUUGGAGACUUCCCUCGAGGAAUCCAUCGGUAACCUAACUCGUCUUAAGCCCGAAGAUGCCUCCCUCAUCACCGGCUCUGCUCCAGUUGAAGGAAACCCUCUCCUCGGGAACAUCGGCACCGCCGGCCGCCACAUUACCGUUCGCCAAUCGGGCGACAGUUCCGUCCUCCUCGAAUUCGGCACGGAGGACGUCUUCUGCCUCCGCCAGAGCUUCCAGAUCUUCUUCUUCAUUGACCGCCACAAACGAUCCCCAAUCCCACAUGUCCUCGAUCUCUCCCCCGGCGUACGCACUCUCCACGUCCAAUACACCCCCGGAACAUCCCCUUCCAAAAUCCAUUCCGCCCUGCGCGCUCACGAGAGUUCCCUCGGCACCGCCGUCCCAUCCUCCCUCCCCUCCCGUACCCUCCGUCUCCCACUCGCGUUCGACGACUCCGUCUCCCGUGCCGCGGUCGCCCGCUACGCCGCCACCAUCCGCUCCACGGCCCCCUGGCUACCCAGCAACAUCGACUUCCUCCAGCAGCUCAACGCCCUCGGCUCCCGCGACGACGUCGAGCGCAUCUUCCUCGACGCCUCCUUCCUCGUCCUCGGCCUCGGCGACGUCUUCCUCGGCGCUCCCUGCGCGGUACCCCUCGACCCGCGCCACCGCCUCUUCGGCACAAAGUACAACCCCUCCCGCUCCUUCACGCCCCGCGGCGCCGUCGGCAUCGGCGGCCAGUACAUGUGCAUCUACGGCAUGGACUCCCCCGGCGGGUACCAGCUCGUCGGCCGCACGGUGCCCAUCUGGGACGACGUCGCCGCCUCCGCCGCCUCCCGCAACGCCCAGCCCUGGCUCUUCCGCCUCUUCGACAGGAUCUCCUUCUACCCCGUCUCCGAGACCGAGCUCGACGCGGCCAUCGCCAGGGGCAAGAUGACGGACCUCGUCAAGAUCGAAAAGGGAAGCCUCGACCUCCACGAAUACGAGGCCUGGCUCGAGGCCAACAGCGCCGAGAUCGAAGCCACCCGCGCCGCCCGCGCCGAGGCCAUCCGCACCGUGCCCUUCAUGGAGGAGCUGCUCCAGCCGUAUCACCCGCCCGAGACGGAGCGGAGGCUCGUCGAAGAGGAGGUGGACGCCGUCGUCGCGGGCGAGAGGGUCAAGAGCCAGAUGCCCGGCCGGUGCUGGAAGUGCGAGGUCGCGGUCGGCGACGAGGUCGACGUCGGGGACGCCCUGGUCUGGAUCGAGUCCAACAAGAUGGAGAUCAAGAUCGCGAGCGCCGUCAGGGGGAGGGUGGCCAAGAUGCUAGUGGCGCAGGGGGACAUUGUCGGGCCGUACGACGAUUUGCUGAUUAUCGAGACGGAGUAG